AUGGGAGAAGCUGGUCAAUCCACAGAAGGAGAAUCUAUCACCCCUUUACUUGGCGGUAGAACUGUGAACAAUGUGGCUGCACCACCACAACAAUUUAAUUCUUUACCAGCUCCUAAGGAAGAUGCUUCUUAUAUAAACCAAGCAACGUCUUACUUAGGGAGCUAUUUUUCUAACCAUUCAGUAGAAUAUGGUGGUAAAGAUUCUUGUAAAUCUCUUUCCCACCCCCAUGAAUUGCUACGAUCAACAUCAGGAGGUGAUGGGAGUUCCCCAGUAAGCGUAUGCGUUUCUCCUGGUGCAAGGUGUUCAACUUCUUCAGAGUCACCUACUUCUGCAGCCAACAGCCCAUCAGCAGAAUCUACAGAGACUCCCUCACAGGCAUCAAAUGCAAUGGUGACAUCGAAUUGGUUAGGUUUAAGUGGCAUUUCCAUGUUCCAUGGGUUUAUUGAGCGGGCACUAAGGACUGUCCGUGGCUCAGCAGAUGACAUAGGAUGGUUACAACAUGACCCGGAGAUGCCUCCUGCUGAAGAUGGAACUGAUAGGUUCAAUAAAAUCCUAGAAGACAUAGGGCAUGGUGUACACAGGCUUCCAAAUACCGUACUGUACUUGUUGGUUCCAGGUCUUUUCAGCAAUCAUGGACCUCUUUAUUUUGUGGAUACCAAAACUAAAUUCUCAAAGAUGGGGUUAGCUUGUCAUAUUGCAAAGAUUCACAGCGAGUCUUCGGUUGAGAAAAAUGCGAGAGAGAUAAAGGAAUACAUAGAGGAACUAUGUUGGGGAUCAAAUAAAAAGGUUCUACUACUUGGGCAUAGCAAAGGAGGUAUAGAUGCAGCAGCUGCUUUAUCACUAUACUGGCCUGACUUAAAGGAUAAAGUCGCUGGGUUGGUAUUAGCACAGAGUCCAUAUGGUGGAAGUCCAAUAGCUACUGAUAUACUCCGUGAGGGACAACUUGGUGGUUAUGUCAACUUGAGAAAAAUCAUGGAGAUUAUGAUCUUCAAAGUCAUAAAGGGUGACAUACAAGCUUUGGAAGAUUUAACUUACGAGAGGAGAAAACAAUUCCUAAAGAACCAUCCGCUUCCUCAAGAACUCUCCACGGUCUCAUUCCUUACAGAAGCUAGCAUUAGUCCAGCGGUUCUAGCCACUUUUUCACACGUGGCACAGGCUGAGCUUCCUCUCACGAAACUUCCCGUGGUGAUGCCACUUGGUGCUGCGAUGGCUGCUUGCGCACAGCUGAUUCAAGUCAGAUACGGGGAGACGAGUGACGGGCUGGUGACUUGCUGCGACGCAGAGGUUCCUGGUUCAGUGGUGGUUAGACCGAAACGUAAACUAGACCAUGCAUGGAUGGUUUACUCUUCCUUGAACGAGGCUCCUUUGGAAGCUGAUGCUGCUCAAGUGUGUGAAGCUCUCUUGACGUUGCUUGUCCAAGUUGAGGAAGAGAAGCAGCGUCAACUCGAUUGA